AUGAAACUCAUUCCGUUCGUCUUGGCGUUGGGAUGCGCAGUGCUGGCGGUGGAUGCCCAGAGAGUGGUGGAUCCAGGUGCAGCUGGCCAAGGAGGCGGUACCAAUGCGGGAACUGGCAACAAUAACAACAAUGGCAACAAUGCGCAGGGAGGUCAAGCGCAGCCGACCCAAGCGCCACAGGGUGGAACAGGCACAGGCACCAACAACACUUCAUCGCUCUCUUCCAUUCCUCAAAACGCAGCAGCUGGUGGAAUAACCAUCACGAAUCCUGUGCAAACAGCAGACGCUUCUUAUUACAAGAUAGCCUCGGGUAUCA